AUGAGGAUUAAGUUAGUAGUUGGAGGGAGCACUCUGAAUGUCAUUAGCGCGUACGCGCCGCAAGCGAGUUUGGACGAGCAGGUUAAAAGGCGCUUCUGGGAGGCGUUGGAUGAGGUGGUGCAAUGUAUUCAACCUACAGAGAAGUUAUUUAUAGGAGGGAAUUUCAAUGGUCAUAUUGGGACGUCUGCUGGUGGCUAUAGCGAGGUGCACAGAGGCUUCGGCUUUGGGGAUAGGAACGGAGGAGGAACUUCACUGUUGGAUUUUGCUAGAGCUUUUGAGUUGGUGAUUGUGAACUCUAUUUUUCAGAAGAGGGCAAGGAGCAUUUGA